AAUGCGUCUCUUCUCUGUAGACAAUGGAAAUAAAAAUAAUUUAAUCACUCCUUCUGAUGAUAGGCGAAAUUCUUACUCAUCCUCCUCGUCUUCAAAAUCUGUUGGUGUUUUUCCAAAGUUGGAUCAACUAUUUCCGGGUGCUCAAAAAAAUUUUGGAUUUAAACAGGGAGAAGGUUGUGUCCCUUUUCUGGGGGAAUUUAUGAAAAUAGCCUAUGGAAAUUGUGUUAAGCAGGCGGAUGAAAAAACAUGGGAUACUUGGGGAAAGGAAAUAAACAACGCAUUAACUGGAGGCAAGUUUUUUCAAUAA